AUGACUUCCAUCAAAGUCGGUGACGAAUUCUUGCGUGUUCCGAAACUUGAUGCUGCCGGUAAUAACUGGGUGAUCUAUCGGGACCGUCUGAUGUGGGCUGUGGACGCACGCGGCUUGCUCAAGCAUCUCAAUGGAACUGGUUCUGAACCGGUCAACCCUGUUCCUGUGCUGGCCAGCCCCGAGGAUUUGAAGGAGUGGCAUCAGGGAGAGGCUGUGGUCAAGCAGCAAAUUGCUGGUACAAUUCCGGAUUCUGUAAGGGCAACCUCAAGAUGUGUUAUAGGCGCGUCCAAGGAACCCCUUAGGGGCUACUAG